UAUAAGUUGCCGUUCCUCCCGCAGCUUCUUCUUGCAAAACUCUCUCAAGAUUGUAAGAUGGAUACGUUUUUCUUAUCUCACGGAUCGCCGACUCUCUCCAUAGACGAGUCACUACCAGCGAGGCAUUUCUUGAAAUCGUGGAAGGAUAAGGUUUUCCCGGACAUACCUAAAGCGAUUCUGAUAAUAUCCGGGCACUGGGAAACGUCCGAUCCAACCGUCAACGUUGUCCAACGCAACGGAACCAUCCACGACUUCUAUGGCUUCCCAAAGCGUAUGUACGAGCUCAAAUAUCCAGCACCUGGUGCACCCCAACUGGCAAAGAGGGUGAAGGAAUUGCUGACAGGAGCUGGCUUCAAGCGUGUAAAGGAAGACAAAACCCGUGGGCUGGACCAUGGUGCAUGGGUCCCACUCAUGCUCAUGUACCCGGAGGCUGACAUCCCGGUGUGUCAGCUUUCUAUUCAAUCUGAGUUGGACGGGACACACCACUAUAACAUGGGGAAGGCAUUGGCCCCACUCAGAGAGGAAGGCGUCCUUAUAGUCGGGUCAGGGAGUGCUACACAUAACUUGAGGGCCAUUGGACCCAACAAUGGCAGCGUCAUUCCAUGGGCCCUCGACUUUGAUACAUGGCUCAAAGAAUCACUUCUAAAUGGAAGACAUGAAGAGGUGAACCAUUAUGAUGAGAAGGCACCUUACGCAAAGAUGGCACACCCAUGGCCAGAUCAUUUCUACCCUUUGCAUGUAGCUCUUGGGGCCGCUGGUGAAAGAGCGAAAGCAGAACUCAUCCAUCAUAACUGGGAAUCUGGGUCACUUUCUUAUGCUUCUUACCGGUUCUCAACCGCCCAAUGACUGUUCUGAUAAGUAAUGAUUUUUCUUACAUUUCUAGAUCUUCGCCAUAGUGAGUGUUGUGUGUUGUAUGAUGAUAAGAACUAUGCUGUAAUGAUUGUAUCAUAAUAAAUGAUGUACAUUGUACACCAUUAUAGUGUAAUGAGAUAUUGAACUCGAGUUUCUGUUAGUGGAAUGGUGUUUUAUGAAUAAAAAGGUCUGUUCUUA